CGAAGGUCAACGUACUCGCGCUUGUCGGAGCAGGGAGGAGAGCUCGUUUUUUGUUUAUCUGAGCGCACGUAGAGCAGGGCGGCGGCACCAAAAGUUUAUCAGCGCAGCGAUGACGGCUAGACGCGUCCUUCCGCUUAAACGCUGUUCGGCGUCGCCGUGAAUGACCUCGUGCUGCCAAAGAUGUCGCGCGAAGCGGAGCGCGACGAGUCGGAUAGCGUUCGGGAACGGAGCUGGAUGGAGCGUUAAAGGACGGCUGUGAGGACCGCGGUCGGCCAAAUGGGAAACGUGUGACGGAGUGCUGUUCCGACUGGGCGAUAGCAUUCUGCUGCCAUGACAACCUGCCGCUGCAGCCAGCUGCCUGAGGUUCUGCCGGAACUGAUAGACUCCGCCCACGCGAGGAAGUCGGACUGCGGAGGCCCUGCCCCUUCGGGAAGUUUGGACGUCUCGAGCUCCGCCCUCUGGGGAAAAGCUCUGGACGAUUCAAGCAGCCUUGGGAGCGGACAGAAGCCGUGUGUGAUGCAGGUCUCAGCCAAGGACGGCCAGCUGCUCUCCACGGUAGUUGGAUCAUUCGCCACUCAGAGCCUCGCGGAGAGGCCCAUGUGCCGGAUCUGCCACGAGGGCGGCGCUCAGGAGCAGCUCCUGUCUCCCUGCGAGUGCACGGGCACUCUGGGCUCCGUCCACCGGAGCUGCCUGGAGCGCUGGCUCUCGGCCUCCGGCACCAACUUCUGCGAGCUCUGCCACUUCCAGUUCAGCGUCCAGCGCAAGGCGCGGCCCCUCCUGGAGUGGAUCCGGAACCCGGGGCUGCAGCAGGAGAAGAGGACGCUGUUCGGAGACAUGGUGUGCUUCCUGCUCAUAACCCCGUUGGCCACCAUCUCGGGCUGGCUCUGCUUGCGGGGGGCUGUAGACCACCUGAACUUCUCCAGCCGCCUGGAGGCUGUGGGACUCAUCGCUCUCACCGUGGCACUUUUCACCAUCUAUCUCUUCUGGACUCUGGUGUCGCUCAGGUAUCACUGCCGUCUGUACAACGAAUGGCGGCAGACCAACCAGAGAGUGGUGCUCCUGCUCCCCAGGUCGUACGGAGAACCCCCGGGACACCCUUCGCUGCUGGGACGGCUCCCUGUGAAGCGUCAGUCCAAGGAGUCCCUUGUCUGAGCUCGAGGCGGGUUGGAGAUCGAGGGGACGCGGCAGUGGGGGCUGGACGGCGCACUGUCAAACGGGCUCCAUAUUGAGCACUCGCCGUACAAGAAAAAAAAAGCAGCUUUGGGGGUGGGAUCCAUGGCGAAGAAGGAAACAGCUCUCCGCUCGUUCUCUGCUGGACUCGUGGGAAACCUGCCGCUUUCUGCCAUGCGACUCUAGGGACACGCAUCUUUCCGUAUGCAACCACGACUCGUUCUGCUAGUUGAGUGCCUACCAACGGCCCGUACUGUGCAUCAGCUACGCUGCUGCAGCCUACGUUCCACAAGUGUGUAGAAAAGAAUGUUUUGUGGGCGGGGGGGGGGGGGGGGCGGACAUAAACAAGUUGGUAGCGCACGAGGUACAUGUGCGUCCUCAGUGCCCAUAAACGCACCUCUUUUCGCUUUUUCAUCUCCUACCCUGCCACAAAGUACAGGACCAUCGCUGCACUGUCUUAGCCUCCUGCAGUCCAUCCCAUUCCAUGAAGCUCGUGGGUGGACGACGUCCUCAAUUGUCUGCCUGUGUAGCCGUUGCCCUGGACAACGGCGGAACGCAUGAAAAAGAUCCCAGCAGGAUUAUUUGUUGAUGGUGUUAAAUUGGACUGAUUUAACGGGCCUCGCUUUAUUACUUUUCUGGAGAAGUAAGCGUUACCUGGUUUUUCCCCCACUGUGCAUAGCAGAGCGAUAAUCAGAGCUCCUCAUGGAUACUUGAGAAGGGCAAGAGGUGAAUACAACGCAUCCCUCCCUUAAGGUUUUAAUAAAUGCACAAUUUGACAGACAUCAUUGCUUCUACAGACAGUAUACCUUGUGUCGCAGCACCGGCUUUAACAGCUUUCCGCCAAAACAAGGUCGCUCGUCUCAGACUCUGGGGUCUUACCUGUGGCGACUUGCCAGACGUGGGCCUCACCAGUUGCGGGAAAGAGCCAAGGUUAACGCCAGCGAACACCUCAUGGCACGUCUGCUUUCUGAAGGAGGUCCUUGAGGCUUAGCGAUACAUGUGUGCAGCAAGUCAACCGUAGCGGCGUUUGCAACGGUUACCAUUCUGGGCACGAAGACGCCUCCUUACGGAUCCAAGGGGUCGCGAGCGCCAUCCUCAAGCAGCUUCACUCAGUUUACAGAAUGACGUUGUUAGCGUUACCCUUUUUCCUUAUGUACGUGUGUGAAUUAAGGAGGGUGUCAAUUUGUGUUUGGGUUUACGAAGCCAAGGACACAAGCACGUCCUUGUCUCCUGGUGUAUAAUGUUUGUGUGCAUUUUUUGGCCACGAUGUCACUAGUGUAUCUACUACGAGUGUCUUUGUUGAGCAAAGUGAAAUGGAGGCACAUUCCAGCUGUUUUUGAAGUGGCUAUUGAUUUUUAUCCUUUGUACUACAGCUGUACAGCUAUAGGGUUUUUUUGAAUUGUUAAGCAUGUAGGGUUAAAUAAAUCCAGGCUGUACCCUA